AUGACACCGUUCCAAGCUUUAUAUGGCUACAAACCACCCCAACUGAGUCUGAACACAGGUGACACUCAAGUUGCUGCUGUUGAGGAUUGGAUAAAGGAAAAGGUGAACUGGAAUACAUUGCUCAGGGAGAAUUUAUUGCAGGCUCAGAACCGAAUGAAACAGUUUGCAGAUAAACAUAGAACAGACAGGUCUUUUGCUGAGGGGGAUUGCGUGUAUCUCAAGUUGCAACCUUAUAGACAGACUACGGUAGCACUAAGGAGAAACUUGAAGUUGGCAGCCAAGUAUUAUGGGCCAUAUCAGGUGGAAAAGAAGAUUGGGUCAGUAGCUUAUAGACUCAAGCUUCCACAGGGUGCUGCUAUUCAUCCUAUUUUCCAUGUUUCACUUUUGAAACCAUCGACUAAAGGAGCUCCUAUCAGCAAUGAAUUGCCACAAGUAUCAGAGGAAGGGCUCUACACUACUGCCCCCACUGCAAUCCUGGAUAGAAGAAUGAUUGAUAGGGAUGGCUAG